UUGCACUAUAAAGCACUUCGCGACAAUGAAGACCAGAGUAAUCAUUCUCCUGGCGCUGCAACUCGUGACGUUAGUGGUAGCUGAUCAAAAUCAGGAAAAUGGAAACGAUUUGGAGCAUUUAGAAGCCAAGCUCACGAUGACGAUGGACGAACUCAAUAGAAAAGACACUAUCAAUAUUUAUAGUGAUAUGGUUAUCCUGAGAAAGAUUCCGGAAGACGGGAAUUCGUCGCAAGAGAGUGCAGAUCCGCUCGUGAACAGAAUCGAGAAAUUCCUGAGAACUAGAAAAAUACAAAUUAAUCUCCCUAAUGAUUCUUCACCUGCCGGUUUGUUUGGGCGCGCCCUUGGCCAGAAGAAUAUCGAUAUAGAACUGAAAAGUCUGACAACCGGAGCGUCCGAAGCUCGUACAAGAUUGAAGAAGAUGAUUAUACCACUUUUAGUUCUGUUGAAUCUGAAGGCGCUAAUUUUCUUCCCCAUCAUAGUCUCCGCAAUCGCUGUGAUAGGCAUUAAGGGCUUGAGUGCAGGUCUUAUGUCACUUAUGCUUUCCGGCGCGGUAGCCUUGAAAGCCCUUAUUACGCCACCGCCACCGCCAAGAGUCAGCUAUGGCGUUGCGAGACCGUAUGAAAUUCAUCACGAUCAUUGGCAUAGAUCAGAACAAGAAGUUAAUCAACCUUACAAAGACUGGACACCAGAAUUAAAUGGCGAACAAUAUCUAUAUCAGAACAAUCCAUAAAAUGCAAUGUCCUUGCCAUUUGUUUAUUUAUUUAUGCGUCUGUGGCACAUACUUGCUUCAUGUAUAAUAAAUCUUUUUUAUACAA